GUGGCGGUGGUGGCGGUGGUGGCGGUGGUGGUGGAGGAGCAGGAGGAGGUGGUGAACUUGGGACUUGCUCACGUGGUGAGCGGAUGGGCGUGAGGUGACGGAACGACAGGCUCUACCCACCCGAGCGUGAGGGGCCAUGAUCCCCGUCACCGACCUGCGCUACUUUGCUGACACCCACCAGAGCUUCCGUGUGCUCAAGCCCUGGUGGGAUGUCUUCAUGGACUACACGGCCAUGGUCAUGAUGAUGAUCGCUGUGUUUGGCGGAACCCUGCAGGUCACCCAGGACAAGAUGAUCUGCCUGCCCUGCAAGCACUUUGAGGGCGACCGCUGCCUGGCGUCCAGGGCGGAUGUCCUGGCCGUGGUGUCGCUCAACGCCUCUCGGGAGGCCGCGGCCGCGGGCUCGUCCACCUCGUCGUCCACCUCGUCGUCCACCUCGUCGUCCACCUCGUCGUCCACCGCGUCGUCCACCUCGUCGCAGGUGGCGAGUCACCGGCGAUCAGCGGUGCGCGCCGACCUGGACCGCCAGCAGUACUCGUACGUGGACGCGGUGUGCCACGAGCGGGUCCUCCACUGGUUCGCCAAGUACUUCCCCUACCUGGUCCUCCUGCAGACGGCGCUGCUGCUCGCCUGCUCCAACCUGUGGCUCCGCUACCCCCGCACCAGCUCCAAGCUGGAGCACUUCGUCUCCAUCCUGGGGCGAUGCUUCGACUCGCCGUGGACCACGCGGGCCCUGUCCGAGACGGCCGUCGGCGAGGAGGCCGCCGGGGUGGCCGCCGACCUCCGCAGGCCGUCGGCGGCGGCGGUGCCGCGCGGAGGCGGCGGAGGCGGCGGAGGCAGCGGAGGCAGCGGAGGCGGCGGAGGCGGUGGAGGCGGUGGUGGGUCGGUGUCGUCCGUGGAGGCGCUGCGGUACCGUGCGUCGCGACUCAGCCAGGACAGCUUCACGCCAUCCAUUGGAUAUCCCCAGGGGCUUCCUCGGUCUCCGACGAGCGGAGAUCCCAACGCCACGGACUUCCCCUGCGGAGGAGGAGGAGGAGGCAGCAGCCUCCUGGACCGACAGGAGGGAGAGCAGGCACGUGCCCUCUUUGAGAAAGUGAAGAAGUUCCGUGGCCACGUGGAGUGCAGCGAGUGUGUGCACGCCGUGUACCUGCGCCAGGCGUGGCUGCGCACGGUGCUGCUGGUGGCGGCGCUGGGGCUCACGCUGGCGUCGGCGCGGGGGAUCCGCUUCGACGUGGACUGCGCUGUCAGCCUCGGAGCCUUCACCGGCUACCGCGUGUACCGCUGUGCACACUCUCUGGCCACGCUCUUCAGGGUGCUGUGCCUGCUGUACGUGGCCCUACUGCUGUUCUACGGGGCCGUGUGUGUCUACACGCUGCUGUGGAUGGUGGUGGUGGUUGUAGUGGUUGUUGUAGUGGUUGUUGUUGUUGUGACGCUGUGUGUGCUGUGCCUGCUGUACGUGGCCCUGCUGUUGUUCUACGGGGCCGUGUGUGUCUACACGCUGCUGUGGAUGGUGGUGGGGCGCUCUCUAAAGCGUUACUCGUUUGAGAAUGCCCGCGAGGAGAGCGCCUUCAGUGACAUCCCGGACGUGAAGAACGACUUCGCUUUCCUUCUGCACCUCAUCGACCAGGUUGACCCCCUGUACUCGAAGCGCUUUGCCGUGUUCCUGUCCGAGGUGAGUGAGAACAAACUGCGUCAGAUGAACCUCAACCACGAGUGGACGCCCGACAAACUGCGCCAGAAGAUCGGCCGCUCGGCCAGCGGCGGCCGAGCCGAGCUGCACCUCUUCAUGCUCGCAGGCCUGCCGGACGGCGUGUUUGAGGUGGUGGAGGUGGAGGCCCUGCGACUGGAGCUGCUGUGCGAGGCGACGCUGUCACCGGCGGUGGCACGUCUGGUGAAUCUGUGCGAGCUGAGCCUGCUGCACACACCCACGCGGGCCGACCCCUCGGCCCUCGCCUUCCUCGGAGACCGCCUCAAGGUCCUGCGUCUCAAGUUUUCUGAGCUGAGCGAGGUGCCCCCCUGGAUCUGGAGUCUCAAGAACCUGGAGGAGCUCCACCUCACCAGCAGCCUAGGACCUGGAGACCCAUCACAGCAGCGCAUUGGGCUCACGACUCUUGAGAACCUGCGUGCUCUCCGCGCUCUGCGCUCCUUGACGCUCCGCCUGCGGCUGCCGCGGCUGCCGCCGGCGCUGUGUGAGCCGGGCGGCCCGGCGCUCCGUCGCCUCGGCGUGGACAACGAGGGGGCGCCGCUCGGGCUGCCCGCCGGGGCCCUGCGCCGCUUGGCCACCCUCGCGGCGCUGGAGCUGACGCACUGCGACCUGGCCCGGGUGCCCCAAGCCGCCUUCACGCUGGCCAACCUGCAGGUCGCGCGCCGGGGGAGGCCCACGCCACUACCGCCGCUACCGCUACUACCAGCACUACC